AUGAGUAUUUAUCGUAAUGUUAAAUGUGUUUGUGUCGGUGAUGGAGCAGUGGGUAAAACAUGUUUAUUAAUGAGUUAUACAACGAACGCGUUUCCCGGUGAAUAUAUUCCAACAGUAUUUGACAAUUAUUCCGCUAAUAUAAUGGUUGAAAAUGAACCAGUUAAUCUUGGACUUUGGGAUACAGCUGGUCAAGAAGAUUACGAUCGACUAAGACCAUUAUCGUAUCCUCAAACCGAUGUAUUUCUGGUAUGUUUUUCAAUAGUAAAUCCAACAUCAUUUGACAAUGUUCGCGCAAAAUGGUUUCCAGAAAUAAAACAUUACAAUCCUGAAACGCCUAUUGUACUAGUGGGGACAAAAUUAGAUUUAAGGGAAGAUCGAAAUACGAUUGAAAAACUAUCGUCACGUAGAAUGGCACCAAUUCCCACUCAAAAAGGUUGUUUAAUGGCACAAGAAAUACAAGCCGUUUCUUAUAUUGAAUGUAGUGCAUUAACACAAAAAAAUCUUUCUCGUGUAUUCGAUGUGGCAAUUCGGGCUGGAUUAGGCAAAUUUCCAAAAUUAAAAUCAAAGAAAAGACAUCGUUGUCUAUUAUCAUAA